AGCAGGCUCCACUUGAACGCGUCGCAGCUCCGACGGCAGCUGCUGCAGCUCAGACUGAGGAGGAGGAGGAGGAAGAUGGACAAUCUGAAGCAGUUCCUGGUCGCCCUGUGUGCUGCCGCCGCCGUCGGCUUCGUGGCCAUAAUAUUCGUGCUCAGAUGGGUCCUCCACUUUAAGGAGGGUUUAGCCUGGGACGGAGGACUGGCUGAGUUCAACUGGCAUCCGGUGUUAAUAGUCACCGGAUUCAUUUUCUUGCAGGGGAUCGCCAUAAUAGUCUACAGGCUCCCCUGGACCUGGCAGUGCAGCAAGCUGAUGAUGAAGUUCAUCCACGCAGGCUUGAACCUGACAGCAUUUGUUUUUGCUGUUAUAUCCUUGGUGGCCGUUUUUGAUUUCCACAAUUUUGCCAAUAUUCCCAACAUGUACAGUCUGCACAGCUGGCUGGGCCUGACUGCAGUUAUUCUCUACUGUCUGCAGCUUGUUCUUGGAGUUGGCAUGUACCUGAUACCUGUUACACCUGUAUCCUGGAGAGCAGCAUUCAUGCCCAUCCAUGUCUACAGUGGUCUCUUACUCUUUACCAGCGUCAUAGCCGUGGCACUCAUGGGCAUCACAGAGAAACUCAUUUUUGGCCUGAAAGACCCAAAGUAUAAGGACUCCCCUCCAGAGGCAAUUUUUGUGAAUGUUCUGGGACUCUUCCUGGUGAUUUUCGGAGCUUUAAUCCUUUGGAUUGCCACUCGACCAUCUUGGAAACGUCCCAGCGACCAGAUCUUACAUACUCUGCAUACCAAUGGGGGAGGUGAGGACAACAGCAAAGUUGGUCCAGCUAUGUCUCAACUGUCUGAUGAAGCUGAGGCUGGAGGGGAUGUCAGGAGGAGGAGCAAUAAAUUGGAUGAGCAGGCUAACUAAUAAUAUUCCUGUUGGAGCUGAUAGUGUCUUCAGCGUUGAAUGUAUGUACAACCAGUCUACACUGGUCAGAGAAAGUCAGAAGGAACACCUGGAAUUGUUCUGCUCCUCCAUUCAUAACUUUCUCUUUUGCACCUUGGAAGUAUUUUAUUAUGAGCUUGUUUUCUCUAACAUUUAUUAUUUCAAGUGCUUGUAAAUAAUGGUGUAUUAAUUAAAAAAAGAUUCAGAUGAUGGUGAGGGAAUGGGCUGUAUUGACAUACACUGUCGUACCAAAUAAUCAUGACAGAUUUUCUAUACUCUAACUCUAAAUCUCUGUAUUGUUGGGUUUUUUUUUUUUACCUACAUUAUAUUUUGUAAUAAAUAUUUACUUUUUCUGACUAUGAAUUACAUGAGUAUUACAUGAGUGUGUAAACAAACAUUGUAGUCGCUGUAAUAGAGGAAAUGUCUGUGUUAUGAGCAUCAACUUGUUAUUAUUGUAGAUUUACAACA